AUGAACGAGAUACAAUCCUUUCAACCUAAGCGUCGUGGUCUCAACUUUAAGCAACUCAACCAAGACUUUGCCGACGAACAGUACGAAGUUUUCCUUAACAAACUCAAUGUCGAAGUUUAUGUCGUCGCACAGAUGGCCUUCCUUCCUGGGGGUAGCGCUGGGCCAACUCGGAGGUCUCCUUGGUUGAGACAGUACCCGGAGGAGUUUAUCAAACAUGUCGAGCUUGUGGCACAUCCAGAUGCACGCUCGGGGCACUGGGAGAAGCUCAUUCGGCACGGGGACGAGAGAGUCAACCUGAUUGUUGCCAUCAUCUUCAAAAUCAUUGACAAGGGCAUAUUCUCGCCGCUUCUAUUUGGAGCUGAUCCGAAGCUUUGUAAGACACUUCAGAGCUCCGAUACCGAGCUCAUCAAUGCUGAAGGAUUCGAACGCAGCGCUGUUCUCUCUCACACAUCCAGAGCGUGGCUCCGGAAGAAUAACGGAGAGCCCCCUCUCUUUUGGCAAGAGGUUGACAAGCUGUGCUGGCAAACUUUGUCAAUGUUACUCCCUCUCUACGGCUAUGUGGAAGAAACCGCAAUUUCCAAACCCAUCCCGAAGACGGAACUAUACCAGUCACUGCACGAUGUGUUUGCACACGCUGGUUGGAUCAGCGUGUGCAUGCGCAUGUCACCAGCCGUCAUCUCAAUAGACUGGAAUAUUCCCGGAGAGCCAUUCUCGGCAGAACUCGUCAACAACUCUCAGGAUGCAUACGAAGCUUCAAAGAAGGCAGCCAUGGCACACGAAGCCUCGGUGGAGAAAGCCAGACAACGCAUGAGUCUCAGGAGGUCCGGCAAGCCCAAAGCCCAUAUUAGGCAUGUCAAGUCUGCUCCCAGAGUCAAGAUCACAGUGACGCCAACAAUGGUUCGUCACAAGCCUCUACCAAGAACAAUGAACAUUAAGGGCGUCACAUCGUAUACUAUAAUGAAGCCCUCUGCGGUAUUCUAUGAGGGAUUCAAGCUUGAAGGGGAUGAGAAAAAAGCAUACACCAGUCUUCCAGACUACAUCCAGAAGCUCCGAGACCGCAACUGCGUGCCAGAGAAAACUGUCAUGGCCAUUAUGGCAUUUGCAGCCAUUUGGCUGUGGGUUUCGUUUACCACCUCGGGUCAACAAACACAGCAGAUAGUGCAACAAUGGUUGCAAUCGGUACAAUAG